GAGUCGAGAAAUUUCUCAUUUUGUAGAGAAAUAUUUAUUCUACUAGAUCAUCUAUUUCGAAUUUGAAAUGGGUUCCUAGCUUUAUAGGAACGAUUCUUUGAAAAUGAGUGAAAAAAGAGGACCGUUAGCCAGACAAGCCGAACAGUGUCUUUAAAACAAAGUUUAGUUUAGAUUGACAGAGUAAAGAAGAGAUAUCCUAGGAACGGUUAUUGAAUUAAACUUCUAAACUCAUCUAAGUACUAGAACUGAUGUUAAUGAUAUUGAAUUUUUAAUUUGUCGUCCAAAAAAUAUGAUCGUUGUUAACAUUCGAAUGUAAAGAUAUUUUUGAUAUCAAAUUAUAUCGUUGUUCUAUGUUCUAUGUUAUAGAUUCUUGGUAAGAAUACAACAAAACCGGGUUUAGUUAAACGUACUAAAGAAGAAACAAUAAAAAUGAUCAAAGAUAUUUAUAUGGCAGCAUGUGAACGAAAUGUUGAACUAGGUGAUGGGGUUGUUAUACACACAUUAACAAAAGAUCAAGGAAUAACCACCGAUGUACAUCCAUUAAGAAAAGAUUAG